CCAGCCACAACUCCCCAAAAUCUUAGGGCAGCCAGGUAAAACCCACAACACCGAUUUUUUGAUUUCGUCGUCUUGAUCUCGGCACGGCUGCACCCCUUCCCAGCAACACCAACCGAGUCCGUCCUUCUCGCAACCAGCCGUCACCAUGCCUCCCAAGUUCGACCCCAACGAGAUUAAGAUCAUCCACCUCCGGGCGACCGGUGGUGAGGUGGGUGCCUCUUCGGCCCUUGCCCCCAAGAUCGGCCCUCUCGGUCUGUCGCCGAAGAAGGUCGGUGAAGAUAUCGCGAAGGCGACUGGCGACUGGAAGGGUCUCCGCGUGACGGUCAAGCUCACGAUCCAAAACCGCCAAGCCCAAGUGUCGGUCGUGCCGACGGCGUCAUCACUCAUCAUCCGGGCGCUCAAGGAGCCCCCUCGCGACCGGAAGAAGGAGAAGAACAUCAAGCACAACAAGUCGGUUUCCCUGGACGAGAUCAUCGAGAUUGCGAGGACGAUGAGGUUCAAGUCCUUCUCCAAGACCCUGAAGGGGGGCGUCAAGGAGAUUCUGGGCACCGCCUUCAGCAUCGGCUGCCAGGUGGAUGGCAAGAGCCCGAAGGCGAUCAGCGAUGCGAUUGAGGCGGGCGAAAUUGACAUUCCUGAGGAGUAAAAACUCUUCGUCAAUGAAGGUCGGUUUGGGAAAUUCUUGGCAUGUGAUUAGGCGUUCAGGGCUUGCUUUACACCAGGCUUGCCAGACAACGGCAAAAAUGCAAAUCAAAAGAACGAUUUUCAUGGCCGAGUAUGGCUGUCCUUGCCAGAGCUCGAGUCGUGCUGGGAAAGAGAGGGCCGACUGUGCUGCUUGCCCUUGGACGACUUCAUAUCCGGCGUCCCCCGACACCCCGCCCAGAUGGAACUCAAAAACCGAGUUGCUCCCCCCUGGCUGUUCACUCCGGAAUAGACCGCUCUUCCAUGGUCGUUUCGGCUCUUUGUGCUCAGGAAGAUCGAGGUAUUUUGACGUCCUAUUACUCACCAUGGCUUUCGUGGGCACUCUGUGCUGUGGAAGUCGAGGUCCAUCUUUCAGGUCGACAUCUGUUUUCUUCCCGCCAAUCCUCCGGCUGCUGUGCGACAGACAUGCCAUGGUUUUACAGUUUUGGAUCUCGCGAGCUGGCAAAUCAAAGCCCUUUCCGUGGCACGAAUGAUUCUUCAGUGAGUAUAAGCGUUUUCCGACGCCAUGCAUGGUCCGGCGGCCUCAGCGGAUCGAUCUGUGUUUCCCCGGGUCUUCCAGCGGCGAUCUUGCUCGCCUGGCUACACUUGUCGUGUCUGAUCCCAACCAAGCCUUGGAAAUAUACAGGAGGAAGGCUGGCUGGGCAAGUUGAGCUUUUGGCGGAUCCCCUCCGUCCUUGA